AUGGCCGCCUCUAAGCCUGUGGAGGCGGCGGUGGUCGCUGCGGCUGCGCCCGGCUCCGGGAGCGGGGUGGGCGGCGGCGGCGCGGCGGCGGGGCCGGGCGCCGGGGGCCUGCCGCGGUGGCAGCUGGCGCUGGCGGUCGGGGCGCCCCUGCUGCUGGGCGCGGGGGCCAUGUACCUGUGGAGCCGGCAGCGGCGGCGCCGAGAGGCUGGAGGUCGAGGCGACGCCGGCGGCUUGAAGCGCAACAGUGAGCGGAAGACCCCGGAGGGGAGGGCCAGCCCGGCCCCGGGCAGCGGACACCCCGAGGACCCCGGCGCUCACCUGGAGAUGAACUCUCUUGAUAGAGCCCAAGCAGCCAAGAACAAAGGCAACAAAUACUUUAAAGCAGGGAAAUAUGAACAAGCUAUUCAUUGCUAUACAGAGGCCAUCAGUCUGUGCCCUACGGAGAAGAAGGUUGACCUUUCCACAUUUUAUCAAAACAGAGCUGCUGCCUUUGAACAGUUGCAAAAAUGGAAAGAGGUGGCACAAGAUUGUACAAAGGCUGUUGAACUUAAUCCCAAAUAUGUGAAAGCUCUCUUUAGACGUGCAAAAGCCCACGAGAAGCUAGACAAUAAGAAAGAAUGUUUAGAAGAUGUCACUGCUGUGUGUAUAUUAGAAGGGUUCCAAAAUCAACAAAGCAUGCUGUUAGCUGAUAAAGUUCUUAAACUUCUUGGAAAAGAGAAAGCCAAAGAAAAAUACAAGAAUCGUGAACCUCUGAUGCCAUCUCCACAGUUUAUCAAAUCUUACUUCAGUUCUUUCACAGAUGAUAUAAUUUCUCAGCCCAUGCUUAAAGGAGAGAAGUCUGAUGAAGAUAAAGACAAGGAAGGGGAGGUUUUAGAAGUGAAAGAAAAUUCUGGAUAUUUAAAGGCCAAACAAUACAUGGAAGAAGAAAACUAUGAUAAGAUCAUAAGUGAAUGCUCAAAAGAAAUAGAUGCUCAAGGCAAAUACAUGGCAGAAGCAUUAUUACUACGAGCUACCUUCUACCUGCUUAUUGGCAAUGCCAACGCAGCUAAACCAGAUUUAGACAAGGUCAUCAAUUUGAAAGAAGCUAAUGUGAAGCUUCGAGCAAAUGCACUCAUCAAAAGGGGCAGUAUGUACAUGCAGCAGCAGCAGCCUUUGCUAUCCACUCAGGAUUUUAACAUGGCUGCUGACAUUGAUCCUCAGAAUGCAGAUGUUUAUCAUCACCGAGGACAGCUGAAAAUAUUGCUUGAUCAAGUUGAAGAAGCAGUGGCAGAUUUUGAUGAAUGUAUUAGAUUAAGACCUGAGUCUGCCCUGGCACAAGCACAGAAAUGCUUUGCAUUGUAUCGCCAGGCAUAUACAGGAAACAAUUCUUCACAAAUCCAAGCAGCUAUGAAAGGGUUUGAAGAGGUCAUAAAGAAAUUUCCCAGGUGUGCUGAAGGCUAUGCACUAUAUGCCCAGGCAUUAACAGAUCAGCAGCAGUUUGGGAAAGCUGAUGAAAUGUAUGAUAAAUGUAUUGAUUUGGAACCAGAUAAUGCCACAACUUAUGUUCAUAAAGGUUUACUUCAACUUCAGUGGAAGCAAGACCUGGAUAGAGGUUUGGAGCUUAUCAGCAAAGCUAUUGAAAUUGACAGUAAAUGUGAUUUUGCCUAUGAAACCAUGGGAACUAUUGAAGUACAAAGAGGAAACAUGGAGAAAGCCAUUGACAUGUUCAACAAAGCUAUUAACCUGGCCAAAUCGGAAAUGGAGAUGGCUCAUCUGUACUCCCUCUGUGAUGCGGCCCAUGCCCAGACAGAAGUUGCAAAGAAAUAUGGAUUAAAGCCACCAACAUUAUAA